UUGGGGUCGAGAAGGAGGCCAUGGAGGAGGGCGGCCUCUCCCUGCACGGCUUCAGCGGGCGCCUGGCGGAGCAACUGGUCCACUUCCAUGCCAUGCGCCUCCAGGACUCCCUCUUCCUCUGGGUUGGGGACCGGGCCCACCUCGGCAACCUCGCCGUGGCCAUGUGCACCCCGCGCGACUCCAUUCCAGCAUCUACCUUACUCUUUGGCGAUGCAUCUGACAGUACCUCCAGUUCUUUAGCUCAAAGAUUAGCCAGCAAGACUAAAAAACAGAUUUUCGUCAGCUAUAACAUUCAGAACACAGACAGCAGCUUUAUUCUACUUGUAGAAAACCGAAUCAAGGAAGAAAUGGCAGCUUUUCCAGACAAGUUUUAGCAUGGUGUCAUUGUAGUAUAUGUGUUUUGUUUGUAUGUCUUUUGUUUCCCCAUUUAUUUUUACAUAAAGUACCCGUUUUUAUGUUAAAAAAAAUUCAAGUUGGAUGAGAUCCAAAUCUAAACUUUUCUUGGACUUUGCUUUCGUCUCCACCAGGCGCCCUGUCGCCGCUCUGAAUUGUCCUGAACCUCUUGCUGG